CCAAUCAUCUUUGCGCAAACGGUGACGUAAAAAACCAAGUUAGUCUGUUUUCUGUGUUUCUAAAUCGUGUAGUCACUGUGGAAAGCUAACAUCCCCACAGAAUAGCUCAGAAGAAGUGGAGUUUGCAAGUCCUAGCCGUGAAAAACACACCAUACCUUCACAAUGUCUAUUAUGUCCUACAAUGGAGGGGCCGUCAUGGCGAUGCGGGGGAAGAACUGUGUAGCGAUAGCAGCAGACCGGAGGUUUGGCAUUCAGGCUCAGAUGGUCACCACAGAUUUCCAGAAGAUCUUCCCCAUGGGAGAUAGGCUGCACAUUGGGCUGGCUGGACUGGCCACUGAUGUUCAGACAGUAGCUCAGAGGCUUAAAUUCAGACUGAACCUGUAUGAGCUGAAGGAGGGUCGCCAAAUCAAGCCCAAGACGUUUAUGAGCAUGGUGUCCAACCUGCUGUACGAGAGGAGGUUUGGGCCAUACUACAUCGAGCCUGUGAUCGCUGGACUAGAUCCCAAAACCUUUGAGCCAUUCAUCUGCUCCUUGGAUUUGAUUGGCUGCCCCAUGGUGACAGAAGACUUUGUUGUAAGCGGCACCUGCUCGGAGCAGAUGUACGGCAUGUGUGAAUCUUUGUGGGAGCCGGACAUGGAACCAGAGGACCUGUUUGAGACCAUCUCCCAGGCAAUGCUGAAUGCGGUUGACAGGGAUGCAGUGUCUGGCAUGGGAGUUGUUGUACAUGUCAUUGAGAAAGACAAGAUCACCACACGAACCCUGAAGGCCAGGAUGGACUAGAGCUUCUGUUUCUCCCCACACUUCACCAAUGCAUAUGUUUUGUAUAAAAAUGAUAAACAGCGCUUGUACUCAUUUUUUUCUUAUUGGUAUUGUUCAAUAAAUGAGUAUAGGUUUAGACAAUGAA